GUUGAGGCCGCUCGGCAGGCUAUGAGCCAGGAUCAGAAGCGCGCGCUUCUGAAGAAGGUUCUCCGGAGCCCUCAGUUUACCCAGAGCCUUGCCAGCCUGACAAUUGCUCUUCGGGAUGGAGGACUCCCCAACAUUUCUGCUGCGUUGGGGAUCCAAGUGGAAAAUGGUGGUAUGGUCAGGGGCGGUACGGUGCCUCUAGGUGGCGGAGAUGCCGUCGAGGCCUUUGUGGAAGGAGUGAAAAAGACAAUCCAGAAGAAGUAAAGGACUUCAGAUCUUGAUAGAGCAUUCAAGAUGAGGACACGACAUACAGGAGAUUCGGAUUGAUACCGAGGAUCAGUAGGCCCUGUAAAUGUAGGAAGGCUUGCGUCCGAAGCUUGAUCAAAAAUGGAGUUCUGUACCACAGAUCUUGACCGCACUAACAAGCACUCGUACAUGCCCAAACCUGGAGAGUUGAAAUGGCCAAGUCAUAGUGGCCCUAGCGACUGUCACGGAGUCCCAAAGCCGCGCUUCCAUCUGGCGCAUCUUCAAGCAAGCGACAUGGAACAACAAGAAGGACAACAAGCCGAGUACUGGACAUUUCCGACCGACCCCGGAGAGUUUGACAAGGACGAGCGCAUCUCCUUCUCUAAGCUCGACAACAAAUACAUCGCGGUUCAAGACGAUGGCACCGAAUACGAGUUCGACGAGGGCCUCAAGCGCUGGCUUCCCAUCAUCGACGAAGCCCUAAUCGAGGAACACCAGAGGGCAUACAUAACAUCACUCGGAGACGACGGUACAGAGACAGGCCAAUUAGGCACAGGACAAGGCAAGAAGAGAAAGAACGACGACCGAGAGACGUUUUCUUUCUUUCCCUCGUUGCGCGCACGCCUACAGGACUCCGCCAGCAGUAACCACAACAUAAACAACCGUCCAUCGAAGAACCGGAAGCGGGAGAAGGCGCCACGGGAGCCCAAGCAAAACACAGCCGUCUACGUGACUGGUCUUCCGCUCGAUGCGACGGCUGACGAGGUCGCCGAGCUCUUCUCGCGCAAAUGCGGCGUCAUUGCCGAGGAGAUCGACAGCGGCCGCCCGCGCAUCAAGAUGUACACGGACGCCAACGGAAACUUCAAAGGCGACGCCUUGAUCGUCUUCUUCAAGCCGCAGUCGGUCGAGAUGGCCAUUAUGCUCCUGGAUGACACCGACUUCCGCUUUGAGCCUGCUCCGGAUGGCAGCAGAAUGCGCGUCCAGGCGGCGGAUAUGAGCUACAAAAAGACCAAAUACGACGCAGCAGCAGGCGCGGAGAACGGCGGUGGUGACAAGGCAGGCAACGGUGGCGCAGAGGGGGAAGGCUCGUCCUCUUCGACCCCCUACAACAACAUCACCAACCCCAACCCCGUUUCCAGCGACGGUGGCGGUAACGGUCAUAACCAACGCAGCCAACAAGACAAAGCCAAAAUCAUCAAAAAGACUCAAAAGCUCUCCGCCAAGCUCGCCGACUGGGACGACGACGAGCCCUCCCCUUCUGCCCGCCUUCUGGGGCCCGCGAUCAAGGAAGCAAAGGGAGGCAAGUGGGACAAGGUCGUGAUCCUGCGACACAUGUUCACGCUGGAGGAGCUCAACGAGGACCCGGCCGCUCUGCUGGAGAUCAAAGACGACAUCCGGGAGGAAUGUGCCAAGCUGGGGCCCGUGACUAACGUGGUGCUGUUUGAUGAGGAAGAGGAAGGCAUUGUGAGCGUCAAGUUCGCGACAGUGGAGGCGGCAGAGGCGUGCGUGCAUUUGAUGCAUGGACGGGCAUUUGAUGGAAGGAUUGUUGAGGCUUUCUUUGCUACUGGCAAGGAGCGGUUCAGGAAGAGCAAGAAUAAGGAUGCGGGUGAGGAGGAUGGUGGUGAUGAUUGAAUGAAAUGAUCAGC